GGCUUCAACUAACAAUGACUCGUCCCUCGCUGUCGGCUCGCUGCCAGUCUCUCUCCGCUGCGUUUUCAAGCCACCAAAGACACGACUCUCCCCUCAUUUCCCCUCUACCUCUUUCAACUCUUUUAUAGCGCCGUGAAUCUUUUCCGCGAGGAACUUCCGCUGUCGCAGUCGUUCGUAUUUGAAGUCCCCGGGAGCAAGAAGCGAUGAGUGUUCGGAACUUGAAGCCGGGGCAGAGAGCGAGUCGUGCGGCGUCGUGCUGAGAGGGGAGCCGCCUCUUGUGGUGGUGUGUCCGGCGAGAACAUGAAGUCCAGACGGGAUAAACUGAAGAUCCCCUCUUUGACGCUCGAUUUAUCGCCCACUUGUCAGAGCCCCACCCUCCUGAGCCCGUGCAGCCCCUGCAGCCCUUGCAGUCCCUUGCAAACCCUUCACCCCUGGAGCUGUCGCAGCAGCAAUAAGAAGAGUCUCUGUGUUGGAACACCAUCACCCACGCUUUCUCGGCCCCUCUCCCCACUCUCAGUCCACACAGCAGCAAGCAGCCCUUUGGACAGUCCUCGAAAUGUGUCGACUGGUGCCUGCCUCAACUUUCCAUUUGCACGAAGUCACUUGGCUCGUGCGGACAGAGCUGAGGGACGAAGAUGGUCCCUGGCGUCCCUCCCUUCGUCGGGCUACGGAACCAAUCCCCCGAGCUCCACAGUUUCAUCCUCCUCCUCCUCCCAAGAGCGCCUUCAUCAGCUUCCUUACCAGCCAACACAAGAUGAGCUGCACUUCCUUUUCAAGCACUUCCGCAGCACUGACAGUAUCACCGACGAAGAUGGGCGCCCCACGACCGGCAUACGACCUCGCUCUCGGAGCCUCAGCCCCGGACGAUCAAACGUCUCCUUUGACAAUGAGAUAGUCAUGAUGAACCAUGUUUACAGAGAGCGAUUUCCAAGGGCCACAGCCCAGAUGGAGGAGAGAUUGUUGGAAAUUGUCACCCACUGUUCUCCAGACAGCUCCCUCCCGCUGGCCGACGGGGUGCUGGGCUUCAUCCAGCACCAGUUGGUCGAGCUGGUCCGUGACUGCUUGGAGAAGUCCCAGAAAGGCCUGGUUACAUCCCGCUACUUCGCUGAACUGCAAGAGAAGUUGGAGAAGCUGCUUCAUGAGGCCUACGAACGCUCGGAAAGUGAGGAGGUGACCGUCAUCAUCCAGCUGGUGAGGAAGAUCCUCAUCAUAAUCUCUCGACCCGCUCGCCUUCUCGAGUGUCUGGAGUUUGACCCGGAAGAAUUUUACCACCUGCUUGAGGCGGCAGAGGGUCACGCCAAAGUCGGCCAGGGAAUCAAAUCGGACAUCCCUCGAUACAUUAUAAGCCAGCUGGGUCUAACACGGAACACUUUAGAGGACAUGGUGCAUCUGGAACAGUACGAGUACAGUCCCUCAGUGUCCACUGAGCCCGAUGCCGAGAACAAAACUCCGCAGGUGGUGACCCCAACACGACGGAAACCUUUUGAGAGCGAUUUUGAAACCAUUAAACUCAUCAGUAAUGGAGCCUAUGGUGCUGUGUAUCUGGUCCGCCACAAGGAGACCCGCCAGCGGUUUGCCAUGAAGAAGAUAAAUCGUCAGAACCUGGUCCUGAGGAACCAAAUUCAGCAGGCAUUUGUGGAGCGAGACAUCUUGACUUUUGCCGAGAACCCCUUUGUUGUGUCCAUGUUCUGCUCUUUCGAGACGCGACGUCACCUCUGCAUGGUCAUGGAGUAUGUGGAGGGUGGAGAUUGUGCCAACUUGUUGAAGAACAUGGGUCCGCUGCCUGUGGAAAUGACAAGGAUGUACUUUGCAGAAACUGUCCUGGCCCUGGAGUACCUCCACAAUUAUGGCAUAGUGCACCGAGAUCUCAAACCUGACAAUUUGCUGAUCACAUCCUUGGGUCACAUCAAGCUAACAGACUUUGGCCUGUCAAAAAUUGGCCUGAUGAACAUGACCACCAACCUCUAUGAGGGUCACAUAGAGAAAGACACCAGGGAGUUUGUUGACAAACAGGUGUGUGGCACUCCGGAGUACAUCGCCCCAGAGGUGAUUCUCAGGCAGGGAUAUGGAAAGCCCGUAGACUGGUGGGCUAUGGGGAUCAUCCUCUACGAGUUCUUGGUCGGAUGUGUUCCGUUUUUUGGUGACACUCCAGAGGAGCUUUUUGGUCAAGUUGUCAGUGAUGAAAUCAUUUGGCCGAAAGGAGACGAUGCCCUACCAACUGAUGCUGAGGACAUGAUUACCCAUCUGCUAAGGCAAAGCCCUCUGGAAAGACUGGGAACUGGCGGCGCCUCCGAGGUCAAACAACACUCCUUCUUUGCAGCUUUGGACUGGAAUGGCCUAUUACGACAGAAAGCUGAAUUCAUUCCUCAGCUAGAUGCAGAGGACGAUACAAGCUAUUUUGACACUCGAUCUGAGCGGUAUCAUCAUAUGGCAUCGGAUGAGGAUGAAGAAACCAACGAUGAAGAGUCUUCCCUGGAAAUUAGGCAGUUUUCUUCCUGGUCGCAUCGUUUCAGCAAGGUUUACAGCAGCACAGAACAUCUGGCCACACCUUCCAACCUGAGCUUCUCCUCUGAUCGCAGUCACAGCGAAGAAAAAGAGGACCGCGGAGAGGUUGGAGCGCUCAGCCCCUUUGCGGGCCUAGCAGAGAGCAUCCUGGAGCCCAGACUACCAGGACGCAUGGCCAGCCUUUGUCCCCGACUGUCACCCAGCUCCUCCCAGUCUGAGAGGAGCAGCAGCCCUUUGGUGAUGAGCAGCACCCACAGCCUGGAGAUGAUGCCCCGCUUUGCCGUCUCUACGGACGACGAGGCUGAGGUGGUUGUUUCCAAAUUACGGAGAAUCAGGAUACGCAGUAACAGCACCGGGGCCAAACACUCGUCCCCCAAAGAGCCAGUUGGCCCACGACGUUUUGGUAACCAGCUGGAGACACCAGACAGACAGAGGCUUCCCUGUGGGGGAAAGGUUCCCAAGUCUGCCUCUGUCUCAGCUCUGUCUCUUAUCAUUACCACAGAUGACUUCUCUUGUGGACUCCAGCCCAGUCCCAUCUCCCCGCGGUCACUGUCCUCCAACCCCUCCUCGCGUGACUCCUCCCCCAGCCGUGACCUGUCACUCAGUCCCGGUAGUCUCAAGCCGCCCAUCAUCAUUCACACUUCUGGCAAGAAGUACGGCUUCACCGUGCAGGCUAUCUGCGUCUACAUGGGCGACAGCGACGUCUACACGGUGCAUCACAUGGUGUCGAGCGUGGAUGAAGGCAGCCCCGCCUACCAGGCAGGUCUUCGAACCGGAGACCUCAUCACUCAUGUGAACGGAGAGUCCGUCCAAGGCCUGGUUCACACCGAGAUGAUUGAGCUCCUGUUGAAGAGUGGCAGCAAGGCGGCGUUACAGACCAUCGCUCUGGAGAACACGUCCAUCAAAGUUGGUCCGGCUCGAAAGACCAAACACAGAGGCAAGAUGGCUCGCCGCAGCAAGAAAAGCAGGAGGAGAGAUAACUAUGAUAGUGGAGGUGAUUUGAAGCAAAAUGAGUGUUCUCACUCCUCGUGGUCCUCCUGCAGGAGACGCAGCAUCUUGAAGAAGUUAUCCAAGCACAGCACAGUGAUGCACAGCAGUCGCAGCUUCUCGUCAGGUCUCCACCAUUCCGUUUCCUCCAGCGAGAGUCUUCCAGGAUCGCCCACACACAGCCUCUCUCCCGGCCCCUCCACCCCCUGCCGAAGCCCCGCUCCAGACCACCAGGCCUAUGACAAUAACUCUCCCCAGAGCACGUCUCCUUGCUCCAGUUCCCCCAGUUCCCCAGCGGCACACAUCAGGCCCAGCUCCCUGCACGGUUUGGGAUCCAAGCUCAGCAGUCAGCGCUACACCAAGGUCAGCCGCCGCAAGUCAACCAGCAGUAUCCCGCCCUCGCCUCUCGCCUGCUCCUCCUCGUCCGCACAGCCGCUUUCCCCCCAGCGCUCGCCCUCGCCGUUGCCGGGCUUCGCCAAAACGCUUCACUCCUACCACGGCAAGACCCUGUCGCCGCCCACUAUAGUGCGACACAUGGGGGUGCGGCCUCGCAGCGCGGAACCUCCCCGAUCGCCGCUCCUCAAGAGAGUCCAGUCGGCCGAGAAACUGUCUGGGAUGUACCACGCUGACAAGAAGUCUUACGCCCCCCGCAGGCACACUCUGGAAGUGCCGUAUUACGCCGAGGGGGACCUGCUUGACUCGGAAGCCGAGGGGGUCGUCUCGGGUUCCCACCUGGGGGUUGACCACAGCCGGCUGGGCGGCUACCUGGGCGCACAGAGACUGUGGGACUCCGGAUCCGAGCAGCUGGUGGUGAUGCGGAAGCUCAACCUCUCGGAGCGUCGCGACUCCUUCAAAAAGCAGGAGGCGGUGCAGGAGGUGAGCUUUGACGAGCCGGAGGAGAAAAGCAGCACGACGCCGGCGACCCCGGAGACUCAAACGCAAGCCCGGCAACAGCUGCAGCACAGGACGACGUUACUCGCCGAGGCCCGAGCCCAAAGCGGCGAGGAGGUGGAGCUGCUGGUGCCCACGGUCAGGAGGUUCACGCUGGUGCCGCAGAUCGCCGUGCAGGGAUCGACGGAGAGCGAGGAGCAGGAUGAGUGGGAGCCGUGCUCAGACGGGGAGGAGUCGCAGCAGGAGAUCACCGUCACUUCAUCUCAGCAGCAGCAGGGGAGGCAGGAGGCCGAGCUCCUUCACAAUAAGAGCUCGAGUCAGGAGGAAACCACAUCAGCGGAGAAAAAGUGACACAGCGAGGUGGAAAACUUUUACUUGAAUUUUGUAUUGUAAAUAUUGGCUUUGUGGAGCUGCUGCUCGUAUUUAUUACACUCGUAAAGCAUGACGCGCUACGUGGAAAAGAGGCAAGUAAGUUCUCAUCGGUUGAACUCUUUUUGUAUCCAUUUAAUGUGCUUUUUUUAAUAAAUGUCUAUUUUUAAAGAAAUUGCCGUGACACAUAGUAGUUCGAUAAUGCUAGGAUUUAUUACUACUGGACCAAAAUUUUCAGCUUUCAUUAAUAAUGACAUCUACACCAUUAACAUGUAAAUCUACAAGUCACCUUUUUAGGCACACCCGUCCCCUUUUGAUGCUUCAAAGCACAACAUAACCACACAGGCUGCACAAUAAAAAAAAAAAAACUACUUUUGUGAGAUAAUAUUUUGAUAAUGGUGUUCUUUGCCGUGUGGAUUCUAACAUGUUUUUAUGUGGAUCAGUGGUUCUCAAACUUUUUUCCACCAAUUACCACCUCAGAAAACACUGUGAAAACAGUAGCAAAGUAGGAUUAAGUAUUUAUUUAAAACAAAAAAUAAGGCAGAGAUUUUAUUCAACAAGUAUAUUUAAAAAAAAGUAUUGCUUAUAGUCUUCCAUUGAAGGCUGACAAACUGUUGAUAACAGCCCCGAUCACAUCAUCACAAUAUUGAAUGAAGUGAUUCUUUGUUGUACCACUAGAUGGAGCCCACGUACCAGUAGUGGUACAUGUAACGCAGUUUGAGAACCACUGAAUGGCAAUCAUGAUAAAAUACAAUAAUCGGUAGUGAGCAAAUUUGAUCGGAAGCAGCCAAUAUGAUCCAUGUCUUCUUUUGCAACCUGCUGUGUGUGUGUGUGUGUGUGUGUGUGUGUGUGUGUGUGUGUGUGUGUGUGUGUGUGUGUGUGUGUGUGUGUGUGUGUGUGUGUGUGUGUGUGUGUGUGUGUGUGUGUGUGUGUGUGUGUGUGUGUGUGUGUGUGUGUGUGUGUGUGUGUGUGUGUGUGUGUGUGUGUGUGUGUGUGUGUGUGUGUGUGUGUGUGUGUGUGUGUGUGUGUGUGUGUGUUUUCCCACUACCAUAAACAGUGUAGUGAUGUUUACAACAGUGCGAUGCGGGCGUGCAUUUUGUACCUUGACCAGAAUAUUGAUGGAAAAUUGAACAAAGGUGUGUGUUGUACAAAUGUAUAUUUUCGCAAGGAAGUGUGUGUGCAAUGCACAAGGACUAAAGUAGCACAAGAAGAGAUUUCUGUUGUUGCCGUUUAAUAUCGGGAUGCAGCUCCAGUACAGUAAAGUCCUCGUUUUAUCGAUUGAAGUACUGUCACCAAAGUAUUUUAGGAGCUCUGCUGAUGUCAAUCCCUGUUCAACUUUGGGUUUCUGUGCCCACCGCAAACCUAAUGAUUGAAAUUGUGUUCAUGUCCACGCUGUUUACAAACUUGCUCUGUAAUGUACUGUACACACUUAUUUUUCUCUCUCAUACCUUGUGGCUUUACGGUGAAACAACAAUCUUUCACACCACAAAUGAAAACUACAAUCGUAGAUGUUUCAUAUUUGUAUUGUUUUUGGGUUGUUGUUUUUUUUUUUUUUUUCAAAUCCAGUAAGCAGAAUUUACAAGCGAAAUGACUUGUUUGUUUACACUUGCUUAUGAAAAGGGGUUAAUUUUAUAGUUUAUGGUAGUAGCUGUAAGUAUACUUUGAGGUUUGUCUGUGCAGGAGUCUUGUUUUGCACACAAUUUCCCAUCAAAACAAUAAACAACACAUUUAAGCCCUUUGAACUAACGGGACUUAAAUGGCCCCAUUUAUUGCGUUUAUCUGACACAUGAAACGUGACAAAUUUGUAGGGGAGUGCACAAUCCAUUUAAAAUGCCAGAUGGUAUCUUAAAACGUCGAAAGGGGACUCAGCGUGUUUACCUGACAAAUGAAACAUGACAAAUUGGGAGGGGUUUGCACUAUUCGCUUUAGCCGCCAUACUGCAGUAGGAAGUCGGAUAUCUUAAAAUGUAAGAAAGGAAUUCAUAUGGCUCCAUUCAGUGCAUUUAUCUGACACAUGAAACAUGACAAUUUUUUAGGGGGAGGGGGGCACUAUCCACUUUAGCCGCCAGAUGGUAUCUAAAAUGUAGGAAGGGGAUUUAUAUGGCUUUGUUCAUGUUUACCUGACACAUGCAUCAUGAUACAUUUUUUUUUUUUGGGGUGGGGGGGGGCACUAUCCACUUUAGCCGCUAGAUGGUAUCAACAUGUAGGAAGGGGAUUCAUAUGGCUUUGUUCAUCAUGUUUACCUGACACAUGAAACGUGACAAAUUUUGGGUGGGAGCACUAUCCACUUUAGGCGGUAGUGUUGUCCCUUUUGGGGUCGCUCUUGCUUAUCUCAGCUGCAUUCGGGCGGAAGGCGGGGUACUCCCUGGACAAGUCGCCCCCUCAUCGCAUGGCCAACACAGAUAGACAGACAACAUUCACACACUAGGGUCAAUUUAGUGUUGCCAAUCAACCUAUCCCCAGGUGCAUGUUUUUGGAAGUGGGAGGAAGCUGGAGUACCCGGAGGGAACCCUCGCAGUCACGGGGAGAACAUGCAAACUCCACAGAAAGAUCCAGAGCCUGGGAUUGAACCCAGGACUACUCAGGACCUUUGUAUUGUGAGGCAGAUGCAGUAACCCCUCUCCCACUGUGCUGCCCAGUGUUGAAUACCUUAAAAUGUAUUUUGUGGCAAGUCUAACUUUAACCGCAGCGCCAGUUGCUCUGUAGAGUGGCGCUUUCCACCAUUUUCAGCAGACUGCAUUGCAAAAUUAUUAACCCCCCACUUUACUCUCACUUAAGAUCCAACCAGGAAUGAGGCCAUAUGAAUCCCUUCCUUACUGUAAGUCAAAAUAUAGAUAACUGAGGUUAUUUCUUGUUUUUGAUGAGGGGUGUCCAAAGUGUGGCACAUGAGCCAAUUGCAGCCGGCACCUCCAAAACGAUAACAUUUUUUACAAAAAAGACAAUGUAAUUUUAAGAAAAAUUACAUGUCAUGUAUGACAGAAUUUGGCUUUAAAUAUGUAUAAUGUCUGUUUUUAACAUUUUUAUUACAAAUUGGCCUCUGCAUAUUAGCGGCCUGUGUUGGAAAAAGUUUGAUCAUCCCUGUUCUAGACUUAAAAUUUGACACUAGGUCACUACAAUUUGGUGCUAAUAUCACAAUGGACAAAAGUAUUGGGACACCCGGCCAUUCCAAAAGAGGAAAUUGAGACAAAUGGUCAUCAUUCAUGGCUUCCAGACAACUACCCAAUCAGCCAAAAAGCCCUGAUUGUCCAAUGCUUCUCUUCACAGGGUGUUCGGUUUACACAACGUACUAUCGCACGGCUACACUACCAGACUGCAGUGAGGCUUCUCCCGCAUAGUUAGUCAGCAGACAAUUUUCCAAAAAUUUCCUGAAAGUAGAUUAAAAUGAAGAAUCAGGGUCUUUUGUACAAUAACAACAAAAAAAAUCAGCACAUUGAAAUUGUUGUAAAUGUGGACUCUUCUGUUCGGUGCAUGCUGCAUGAGAAAAGCACACAUCUGUAGUACUUGACUGCAUGGUAUAUUGGCGGUGUAGUCGCCCACUACUGUGUUCUCAUGUCUAAUUAAUAAAAAUGUAUAUUUCUCCUGGA